CGCACCCGGCGCCCCGGCCCGGCUGAGCUCAGCGCCUUCCCGGCGGCGGCGGCGGCGGCGGGGUCGCGAUGCUGUGCUUCUUGAGGGGCAUGGCCUUCGUCCCCUUCCUCCUGGUGACCUGGUCGUCCGCUGCAUUCAUCAUCUCCUACGUGGUCGCCGUGCUCAAUGGGCACGUCAACCCCUUCCUCCCCUACAUCAGUGACACAGGGACAACACCUCCAGAGAGUGGUAUUUUUGGAUUCAUGAUAAACUUCUCUGCAUUUCUUGGUGCAGCCACGAUGUACACAAGAUAUAAAAUAGUAGAGAAGCAAAAUGAAACUUGGUAUUUCAACACUCCUGUUUUUAACCUGGUGUCGUUAGUUCUUGGAUUAGUGGGAUGUAUCGGAAUGGGCAUUGUAGCCAAUUUUCAGGAGCUAGCUGUCCCGGUAGUCCACGAUGGGGGUGCCCUUUUGGCCUUUGUCUGCGGUGUUGUGUACACGCUGCUGCAGUCCAUCAUCUCUUACAAAUCAUGUCCCCAGUGGAACAGCCUCACGACGUGUCACGUACGCAUGGCCAUUUCUGCCGUUUCCUGUGCAGCUGUCGUCCCCAUGAUUGCCUGUGCGUCACUAAUUUCUAUAACCAAACUGGAGUGGAAUCCAAAAGAAAAGGAUUAUGUGUAUCACGUGGUGAGUGCAAUCUGUGAAUGGACAGUGGCCUUUGGUUUUAUUUUCUACUUCCUAACCUUCAUCCAAGAUUUCCAGAGUGUCACCUUAAAAAUAUCCACAGAAAUCAAUGAUGACAUAUGAAGAAAGAAGAAUUAUAUCUCGGUCAGUCAAUGUCAGAGACAGUUUCCAAAGUGGUACAGAGGACAGACAGGGUUUUGAAGCUGACCUGAUUCCAGUGCGUCUGUAGCAUGUCCAGGACUUGAAACUCAUUAAGAAAGAAUUCCCAGUAGUUGUACUAUUUCCAAAGGUAUGUUUUCCUAGAGAAUGUAGAGAAUUUAUAACACUGUAGCAGUAUUUUAUAAUUUUCUAAAUAGAUGCUUUUUUUAUAUUAACAAAUUUCAUAUCAAAAAGAUAAAGGUGUUACUGAAAAUGAAGAGCUCUUAUUUUUGUACAGAUUUGGUUUUAUUUUGUGUGAUUUAUGGAAAUAGACUAAACGAGGAGUUUUAAGUUUAGGACGUUCAUUUAAAAGUAAAAUCGGGGAAGGUAUCAUUUGUAAAUUUUGUUUUCGGAGAAUGAACUGUAUCAUUUUAUAUCAUGAGAGCAUUUAUAUAAAGUUCAAUUUAUAAUGGUCACGUACUCAAAUCAUGAAGGUUUAGCUAAUAAAUAGACACUAAUUAAGGUAGUCUGAUUUUUAGAUGGACUAAGCAAAAUGCUCCCAUUCAGAAGCCUUAAUACCUCUGUGCAUAUUAAUGCUAAGUGAACACCCACGACCUUGAUUUUGAAACCUCUCUCCCUCUGCCUUCCUGCUCAUGGGGCCACACCCUUGACCCUUGCUGCUAAUUACCAGUCCUCAGGGGGAGUAAUUCCAGUGGGAUGAAGUCAGCAAAAGGCAGAUUAGACAUAAAAAGCCUUGGAACAACAGGCCGGUGACUGGCUAACAGGAAAAUCUCCUUUGCCAGGUAGGCAAGGAGGCAAAGAUCUGUCAGCGUGUCUCAGGUUUGUGGCAGGCCCGGCUGUGGAAAUGAGACUUGUUUAUCAAUACUAAAGCUCUGCAAAAGCCCGACCUGUGAAAAGCAUUAAAAAUACCAUUUCUAAAACCACCCUUUAUUGUUACUGGCGUAACUCAAGAUGCUAAAGCUCAGUCUUGAUUUCAUUUUAUGUCAGCGAAUGUGUCGGAGAGAACAUAGGGCCAAGGGAGACAAAGAGAAGGGAGAGAGAGCUGAGGAAACUUCCGGGUUCAGGGUGCCGUUUAUUUGCUCCUAUUUUUAAUGCCCGUGGCCAAGUGCACCGCACACCAAAGAGUGUGUGUCAGGCCCGUUGCUUUAAGCAGGACAUACAGUCUCCACUUUUUCACUCAAAUGAUGAGGGAACACAUGAAAAGCAAGUCAUUCUGGGGGAAGAACGGGUGCUUGAAAUCCAAGGCUUGAAUCAAGGCUUGGGUUUGAAUGUUGAAGAGAAGGAACUCUCCUUCAUGGACUCCCAGACCACAAACCUGUGUCUGGCCUAAUGGGGCUGCACCGUGAGGGCUUGUACCAAGCAGAGCAGCCCAUUUGGACAGCCUUGGAGGGAAGCUAAGGAUGUAACUAUGUGUAGCUCCUUAGUAAUUAUUUGAGUGAGUGAAGGGGUGAGACCCAGCCAGCCACAGUCAGCUUCCUUAGCAGUGAUAAAUUGUGUCUCCCCUAAGUGUUCAACAGUGGAAACCUGAUAACCAUUCCUGGGUCCAUUGUAACUUGCAAUAAUGCUGCAGGUCCCCAUUGUGACACUGGAACCAAAGACCAGCAAUAAAGGCUGUGUCAAAUGUUCAUUACUUGAAAAGGAGGAGGAGGAAUGCUACAUACUCUUUCCGUGGAACCUGUGAUAGAACAAAUCUCUGGUUGUGUUUUGCUUUGCACAAACUUUUGUUAUCAGCACUUUUAACAAUGCACUGCCAUUCUUCAUUUCCAUAUCUGUCAGCACAAUUAGACUGAAAGCUCCUUGAGGGCAGAGGAUGUGCCUUAAUCUUAAUCUUUGUAACCCCAGCAUUUAACACGGUGCCUCCUGGUACAUAGUAGGUGCUUCAUAAAUACUCACUGAUUGUAUGAAGUGUUGCAUAAUGGGACUUGCUCUGAUUUACUAGUGAGUUUUACUGAUAAAUGUCUGUAUCACCAAGAAAUGUUGACUGUUUUGCUUUGUAUACUGUAAAUGUUUCAGUUGUCUGGCUUCACCAUUCUGUGACAACUCAUCAACCUGGACAGUUACCACAGAAACUGUUACCUGGGCUAGACAAAACGGUACACCUGGCGUGCCAAACUGAGAAGGCCCAAAGUCACUCCAGACAACCACAUUCCGCCGAUACCAUCCAGCCUCUAAAGCUGGCCUUAUUCAUGUUUUGGUAUCAUUUCUAAUUUCCAUGAAGUUGCAUUUCCUUGGGCCUCAUGGCUGAAAAAGUUAAAUAAAAUGAAAUAUUUAUUUUA